ACUUACACUAGAAACACUGGUCGGAGUGCAAUCGAGUUUCUCUGUGAGCGCAGACUCGUGAUUCCAUCACGAAAUCGGCGGAACGAUGGCCCUCAAAAAAGUCAAAGGAAACCUGGAGCGUAUGUUUGACAAGAACCUCACUGAUCUCGUUAGAGGAAUUCGGAACAACAGAGAUAAUGAGGCGAAAUACAUAACGCAAUGCAUGGAGGAGAUCAAGGAAGAGCUUCGCCAAGACAAUCCCAGCGUCAAAGCGAAUGCUGUCGCCAAACUGGCCUACCUCCAGAUGCUCGGAUACGACAUAAGUUGGGCGGCUUUCAAUGUGAUCGAAGUGAUGUCAUCAUCGAAGUUCACUUUCAAGCGGAUAGGCUACCUGGCGGCCUCCCAAUCCUUCCACGAUGAAACAGACGUGCUCAUGUUGACAACCAACAUGAUUAGGAAGGAUUUGAAUAGUGUCAAUGUGUACGAAUCGGGUGUGGCGAUGUCGGGCUUAGCUUGCUUCGUUACUCCGGAUCUGGCUCGCGAUCUCAGCAAUGACGUCAUGACAUUGUUGACUUCAACGAAGCCGUACCUCCGGAAAAAAGCCGUUCUCCUAAUGUACAAGAUUUUCUUGCGGUUUCCUGACGCCUUGAGGCCUGCCUUUCCGAAGCUCAAAGAGAAGCUCGAAGAUCCCGAUCCAGGGGUUCAGUCUGCAGCAGUCAACGUCAUAUGCGAGUUGGCGCGAAAAAACCCAAAAAAUUACUUACCGCUGGCCCGUUUUUUCAAACUCAUGACUUCUUCAACGAAUAAUUGGAUGUUGAUCAAAAUCAUUAAGCUGUUUGGGGCGCUGACGCCGCUUGAGCCUCGCCUCGGCAAAAAACUCAUAGAGCCACUGACUAAUUUAAUCCUCAGCACUUCGGCCAUGUCACUCUUGUACGAGUGCAUCAACACAGUGAUCGCUGUGUUGAUAUCGAUAUCAUCCGGACUCCCAAGCCACUCUGCAUCUAUACAGCUUUGCGUGCAGAAACUCAGAGUGCUCAUCGAAGAUUCGGAUCAGAACUUGAAAUAUCUCGGUUUGUUGGCGAUGGCGAAGAUUCUGAAAACGCACCCGAAAACAGUCCAGUCGCACAAGGACCUGGUACUUCAAUGUCUGGACGAUAAGGAUGAGUCAAUCCGACUGCGCGCGCUGGAUUUGCUAUAUGGCAUGGUCUCGAAGAAGAACCUCCAAGAGAUCGUUCGGAAACUGAUGAGCCACGUCGAUAAGGCCGAGGGCCAGCACUACCGCGAUCAGCUUUUAGCAAAAAUCAUCGACAUAUGCUCACAGAACAACUACCAAUUCAUCAUGAACUUCGAAUGGUACAUCGGAGUUCUGGUAGAGCUGACGAGAAUCGAGGGUACAAAGCAUGGAGAGCUUAUCGCUGGACAGAUGCUCGAUGUUGCCAUUCGAGUCGAAGCCGUUCGAACGGAAGCGUGUCGACAAAUGAGUCAUUUGCUCGAGAACAUACCGUUGUUGGUCGGACAGAAAGAUUCCAUAACACAGGUGCUGCUCGCCGCCGCCUAUAUCUGCGGCGAAUUCUGCCACCUCCUGGACGAACCAGAGAUCUGUAUGGAACACAUGCUCAAACCUAGGGCAGCUCAGCUCCCAGCGCACAUUCAGGCGACGUUCGUUCAAAAUGUGCUGAAGAUUUUCGCUUCGAUAUCGGAAACUAGCGACGAUGCCACGUUCCGUAGACUGGCCAAUCAUCUCAUUGAAAGACUUCCGAUCUUCGUGCAUUCGGGAGAUCUCGAGGUCCAAGAGAGGGCGUGCUGCGCCUUAGCGCUCGUGAAGCAAGCUCUGAAACUCUUCGACAAAGGAGAAGAUAUCAGGGCAGACCUCAAGCUUAUAUUCAAGGGUGAGCUCAAUCCGGUAGCGCCGAAAGCCCAGAAGAAAGUUCCGCUCCCCGAAGGACUCGACUUGGACGCGUGGAUCAACGAGCCUCCAAGCGAUAGCGAAAGCGAUCCUGAGUCUGUCGGAGGAAUGGAUGUAUUCUUCAAACCAGAGAAAGCAACGAUCGCGGAGGAAGUUCGCUAUGAGCCCGAUGAGGAGGAGCUGGAGAGACGGCGGAAAGCGAGGAAAUCUCUACAGGCGGAAAAUCCUAAUUAUUUGAAGGGCUCCACGAAAUCGAAACGAGACACCAAGGGACUGUUGGAGAGGGAUAUGAUGCUCAUAAUUGGCAAAGAUGAGAAGAGCCAUCGCGACAAGGAUUCCAAGAAGCGCAAUAAGUCAAAGAAGAAGGAAGGUCGCAAGUCCAAAAGCAAAGAAGACGAAGAAGUGGACGUUCCCACGGUGAAAAUCCAGAUGGAGUUACCGGAUGGAGCAAGGAUGAGCGACAGUGAUGACGACAAAGACAUCAACGAUCCUCACAGAGCCUUGGACAUCGACCUCGCUGGCACGAUGGACCUCUUGCCGUCGACGUAUUCCCUAGGCAGUUCGAGCGUCAGCAAAAGCCCGAAGGAUCAGUCGCGCAAUCACAUCGAGAAGGCAGUGGACGCUGGAGUGGAGGCAGCUGCGGAACCCACGAAGGAGAAGAAGAAGUCCCACAAAAACAAGAGGGAUAAGUCGGAGAAAAAGGACAAGAGAGCGCGGAAGGAGUCUCGAGAAAAGAAGAAAGAAAAAAUUGGCGACCUUCUCGAGACUGGUGAUCCCGUUGCAGUGAAGCCCAAGUCCAAGAAGUCCAAACUCGAGAAGGAAUUGAAGGGAGAGAGCGGCGAGCGCAGAAAGGGACAGAACAAGAGCAAGAAAUUAGGUUACGAGGAAGCGCCGGGAAUAGCGACCCCGUCGCAUGAGAGAGGGAGUUCCGUGCCGCAGACUCCCAUGAGUCCGUCCCUGGCUCUGCUUCAAUGCGAGUCCAAGUUCGAGCAUCUAACAGAAGACUCCAACAUGAAAUUGAGCUAUGAGAUCCGAACACUGUACAAUGUUAGCGACCAGCUUGUUUGUGCCUUGAAGUUCACCAACAAAUCAGCCCGUCCACUGAAACAGCUAGAGUUAUCGUUCCGCGACGGACAGUGUCUGCGAUUUGUAAGACCCGAGUCGGAGGCAACCACGGUGGCGGCCUUACCGUUCGCCCUUUUAGCAUCUGGAGCAUCUUACAUCAAUGAGUUCGCAUUCGACGUGAAGAGAAUGGCCUCAGACAUAGUGAAGGCCACCUUGACCUACAUGCGUCUGGACGAAGACGGUGCCGUGAGCGAAAAGCUCGACUGCAAGAUAAAGGUCCCGCUCGUGGCCUUCCUUGUACCGCGACCGGUAGCUAGUGACGUGUUUGCUCAAAUGCUGACCUCCGGAACGUUGAACGCCGAAGGCUCUCUUACGAUCCCAGACGUUGAGGUUGAUUUCACUCAUUUACUCUCGAAGCUUGCGUUCCACGCGCGUUUCGCUCUCGUCGAGCAGGUGGGUCAGACUGCCUCUCUUCUGGCGACGGCUAUCACAGGAGAAAUCGUCUGUCUGCUCGUCAAACGCAAAGAUCAGAAGAAUCAUCUCGUCAUCGACGGCAAGAGCGCUUCUGAGCAGCUGUUAACGCAGGCGUUAGCAGAGAUCAAUCGGCUGAUCACCUCCGGGAGCUUAUUCGAAGACUGAGAGAAUCGACUCUCGUUCUCGGAGAGCGGUCGCUUCCCCAAUCUGUGCUUCCCGAACCGAAAAGAUUUGUGGUCUCAACGCAUUCUUAGCAUUUGAACGCCAAGCCCAAUACCGCAGUGUUUGCCGCUGUCGACGCUUCACAGAGGUCGUCGACUGAACCUUCUUCCGCUAAAAGCGACAGCAGUAUAUAGAGUGCAAUUUAUUGUUGAUUGGGGGAAUUCCGAUUUUUUCCGUUGGAUCUCCUCAUGUGAGAGUGACAACUCGAGCAGAAUGCUCGAGUUUUUAGGAAGAUUAGAGUAAAGUAUGUUUAUGAGUGCCUGUGAAUGCUCGCCUUGAGACCGGAUGUUCUCAAACGGAUGAAUAAAGUUUCGCUUAUUGG